CGCAAAACUCUCCCAUCAUUCAUUCUUUCCCUAUUUGGCGAACGAACAUCGCACCUCGAAUCUGAUAAUUGAAAAAUCUGCGCAAAAUGUUUAAACUGGUGGCUUGUAUUGCAGUGUUGGGACUAGUGGCCUGUUACGACUUUAAAGAUUCUUUCUACAAUGAACUAAUUCUGGAAGAUAUUCUGGACAGCGAGGACACUCCGACAAUGAUGGACCGCUUCAAGCGGUCCACCGCAGAGACGAACGAUGACAAAUGCAAGCGUCACCAUCAUAGACACAGAUGUUGCAACGAUGCAAACGAUGAAAAAAUGGAGAAGUUCCACGAAACCCACAAACAGUGCUUAAGUGAGAACCGUUCCAAUGGACGAUCGGCACGUGGCAAGUUCAACCCAGUGGAUAUGUUCGAUUGCGAAAAGAUGAAGAAAAUCAAACAGGACCACAUCUGCGCGAUGGAGUGCGUGAACCGCAAGUUGGAAACCGUCGACAAGGAAGGUAAUCUGGUGGACCGGGAGGCGCUGAUUCAGUUCGCCAAGAAUAGCUUGGCCGCCGAUAUGUGGCAGGAAGACGUUCUCGGGGACAUGGUUGAUGCUUGUUUGAAGGAAGUCACAGAUAAGACCGAAAAGUUGAAGGCAUCCGGCGAACCAACGACCUGCAACCCAUCUUCGUCGAUCUACGGAUACUGCAUGUGGCAUAAGAUAACAUUGGCAUGCCCGAAGGAAAAACAAGUCACGUCCAAGAGGUGCGACAGGAUGCGUGAAAUGUUCGCCAACAAGGAGGUAGUCGAUAACAACGAUGUUGAUGAUGAUAACUAAGCAGUUUUCUCGAUUGGUUCGGAUAAUUCUUAACUUGACAAGUGGCACACGAUUUUAAAUAAUAAACAAUGUGUUGGAAUAAGCAUA